AUGGGCCAGCAGUUUGGGAUCAAAAAGGAUCUCUUGUUCAUUGAAUGCCUGUCUUCUAAAUUUGAAAGAGACAUCUUUACAAGAUCAGGUUUUCUGGCUCUCUAUCAACUACUCAAGUGCACAACUGAGUGUGCAACAAAGCGUGUGACCUGGGUGGGUCUAAGCAUGCAACAGACAACUGGAACAAUCAUGUACACCAGUUAUAUCAUGAUGGACGAAGAAUAUAUAGAAGGUCAAUUCAAGAAGCUGCAAGAGCAACAUAUGGCCAUGCAGGAGAAAACAUUCACCAAUUGGAUUAACAACAUUUUCUACAAAUACAAUGUGAACAUUAGGAUUCAAGAUCUCUACACAGACCUGAAAGAUGGCAUAUACCUCCUACAUCUGCUAGAGCUGCUGUCUGGUGAACAGUUGCCCAGACCAAAUAAGAGCAAGAUGAGGGUUCAUUUUCUGGAGAACAACAGCAAAGCCAUCCAGUAUCUCAGAUCCAAGGUACAUGUGGAGCUGAUUGGACCUGAGAACAUUGUUGAUGGAGACCGAAAUCUAAUUUUGGGAUUAAUAUGGAUUAUUAUCCUGAGAUUCCAGAUUGCUUCCAUCAGUCUUGAUAAGGAGGAGUUUGGAUCUAGAGCUGAUAUUCUCUCUGCCAAUGAUGCCCUACUACUCUGGUGUCAGAAUAAGACGGCCAGUUACUCCAAUGUCCAUGUGAAAGAUUUCUCUAAAAGCUGGACUGAUGGGCUAGCCUUCAAUGCACUCAUUCACGCUCACAGGCCUGAACUCAUCCAGUACAGCUCCCUGAGGCGUGACCAGCCCAUCAGGAACCUAAAUAAUGCCUUCACUGUGGCAGAGAAGCAGCUGGGAAUCAUAAAGUUGUUGGACCCCGAGGAUGUGGCGGGGCCAUUUCCAGAUGAGAAAUCUAUCAUGACUUAUGUUUCCUUCUACUACCAUUACUUUUCCAAGCUGAAGCAAGGCCAGACUGUCCAGAAAAGGCUUGCUAAAAUUGUUUUCUUCCUGAAGGAGACAGAUGACUUGAAGUCCCAAUAUGAACAAAUGGUCUCUGAGCUUUUGGAAUGGAUAAAGGUCAAAGUGGCAGAACUGGAUAAUCGCUCCUUUCCCAAUUCGCUGGAGGAGAUGCGCCUUCUCAUCAACAACUUCAAGAUCUUCCGCACAGUGGAGAAACCUCCCAAGUAUCGGGAGAAAGGAAUAAUCGAAGCCCACUUCUUCCACAUCAGAACCAAGCAACGAGCCCAGAAUCAGCGGGCUUAUCUACCCCCUGAAGGAAGGACCCUGAGAGGUUUGGAAAAGGAAUGGCUUAUACUGGAGAAGGCAGAGAGCAACCGAGGGAAAGCACUACAGCAGGCGCUGUUGAGACUGGAAAGAAUGGAGCAACUGGUCCAGAGGUUCAUGAAGAAAGCUGCUGUUCGUGUGGCCUACCUAAAGGACACGAGGGAGAUCCUGAAACAGCAGGACGACUGGCAACCUGAUAGUGUGGAACAACUGGAGGCAGCCAAGAGGAAGCUGGAGGCCAUUGAGGCACAUAUGCUGCCCCAGGAACAACGCUUCAAAGCCCUCUCUGAGAUGGCGUCAGAAAUCAAAAGGGAGAACUACCAGGACAAUAUCCAGAUCACAAAGAAGCAAAAGGAGAUUGCACAACAAUGGCAAGAUCUUUCGAAUCAGCUCAAAAGACAAAAAUGGUUUUUGGGAGAGAUAGAGGAAUCCCUGGUCCUCUUGAGAGACAUCAAUUCCAUUACAGAGGAACUUAAGGGAUUGCAGAUUCAAAUGAGUUCACAGGACUGUGGGAAACAACUACUGGAAGUGGUGGAUUUGUUGCAAAAGCACAAGUUGAUUGCCUCGCAGAUCUCUUCCCUUGGGGAGAGGAUUAGGCAUAUUGAUGAAAGAGUGGGAAAUGUCACAAAAGGAAAAAGGAUAAGAUCGGAUGUGCUUCAAGCAAAACUUUGGAUGCUCCAUCAUCUGUAUCAAAAUCUUGUGGACCUCUGCAAAACACGUCAGCAUCAGCUGGAAGAAACGCUAAAGCUUUUUGAGUUUUUCCAUGAAUGCAAUGAAGAGGAGCUCUGGUUGUUUAACAAAUGGAAGCUGGUGAAGACAGCAAGCUUAGGGCGUGAUCUUAACCACAUUGCAGCUGCUCUCCAGGGCCACAAGGCCUUACAAACUGAUUGCAAUUCCCACCAACUAAUCUGUUCCAAGAUUAUCUGCAAGAGUCAGGAACUAAGUCAAAAGAACCCUUCAAACCGGAAGGAUAUCCAGAUGAAGAUCGACAGGAUCCAGCAGUUGUGGCAACAACUCCAAGAUGAGGUGGCCACUCACAAAAUCCGUUUGGAGGCAGCUGCUCUCAUCAAACAGUACUUUGCUGAUGUUGAUGAGGUGGAAUCCUGGAUGCAGGAACAGGAAACCCUCUUAACUAGCAUGAAUUAUGGGAAAGACGAAUUUAGCGCUGAAGCCUUGUUACAUCGCCACAUUCGUUUGGAGAAGGAACUUGCUGCUUUUUCUUCAGAAAUCAGCCAUUUGGAAGAGCAAGCUCAUUCUGUGACCCAGCAGGCUGCUUCUAUGCACAGGAAAAGAGAAUUAGAAGAAAUGAUCAGACUUUACCAGUUUUACAGCUCCUGUGGAGAAUUUCAGUCCUGGAUAGAUGACAAAGAAAAAAUUUUCCAGACUAUUCGGCCAACAGCAGACAAUGUGGAGACUAUGCAGCAAAAAUACCAGCAUUUCCUAAUAGAACUGGCUGCUGGGAAGAGCCAACUGGAUGAGAUUGUUUGCUUGGCAGAGGUCUUUUCUAAGAGCAAUCCUGGAAAAGGGAAUGAGAUUCAAACUCGUAUGAAAGAGAUAAAUAUGAGGUGGCAGUGCCUGGAAGCAUUAAAAGAAGAAAAGGGUUCAGAACUGAUCGGUGUGGCUGAUGUGAAGACAUUCCUUCAGGACUGCCAGGAUACUUAUGGGUUGCUCCAGGACAAGAUGAUCUAUCUUGAAGAUUUAGGACAUAGGAACAAGCCUACUGUUCUGGAAGCUGAAGCACGCAGGCUCACAGCCUUUGAAAGAGAGAUCUUAGCACUGGAGAGAAGAAAUGAAUACCUUAAGUGUGUUGCCAAAUCGAUCAAGGAUACCAAUCCUGCUGAAAGCAGGGCCAUAAAGGAUCAGGUAGAAGACAUGGAAGAGCUGCUGUCGUCUCUCAAGUCAAAGGCGGAAGAGAAGGGAAAGACUUUGCAAAUGGCGCUGGACCAAGAGGUCUUUCUGCAGGAUAGCCGUAGACUUUUGCUGUGGGCAGAUGGCAUGAAGGAGAAACUGCACAACGAGGAGAUGGGUGUAGAUGUGGUCUCAGCAGAGCAGUUGCUGAAGGAGCAUCAAGACUUGCUGAAGGAGAUACGCAGAGAGAACCACAGAUUUAAGGAGCUGCAAGAAAUGGGGAAGAAGAUCAUGGAUAACCCAUCCCAUAGCAGAGCUUUGGACGUCUGUGAGUCUGUGCACACACUUGCUCAGGAGAGAAAUGAGCUGGAUGAGUUGUGGGCCAAGCGACGGAAGAAGCUCCAGGAGAACGUAGCAUUGCUCAAAUUCAGCAAAGAAGUGGAUGGCAUCCAGGCUGCCCUCUCCAGCCAUGAAGCCUUUCUCCGGACUGACUAUCUUGGGGACCACGUGGAUUCUGUCCGAAGUGUCCUGAAGCGACAUGAGGAUUUUGAAAGUGUUAUGAUGGUGUUGAAACAUCGGGCAGAUGCAGUCAAUGAACAUGGAGAACAGUUGGUAGAAAAUGGGCAUUUUGCUUCUGAUGCGAUCAAGGAAAGAAUGACUGCCUUACAAGAGAGGUGGAAAUUGCUAGCAAAGAAUAAUGAACAGAAAAAGAAGAGGCUAUUAGAAUCACUUCUGUUACAGGAGUUCAAUCAUGACACCGCUGAGCUCCUGAUGUGGAUGGAGGAGAAAUACAAGGUAGCAUCAGAUGAGUCCUACCGUGAGCCAACCAAUAUCCUGUGGAAGUUGAAAAAACAUGAGGUUGCAGAACAGGAAAUGAUGGCCAAUAAGAAGCACUUUGUGGAGCUGAUGGUGGCAGGAAAUCAGCUGGUUCAAGGCAACCAUUAUGCUGCAGAUUCCAUUCAGGAUAAAAUGUCAGAAAUGAAGAAGAAGUGGGAGAGGCUGUACAGCAAAAUGAUGGAGUGAGGAGACAAACUGAGGCAAGCUGGACAGCAAGAACAACUGAUGGAACUUCUUGAGGAGCCUCUUUCUGAGAGAAGCCAGCUGCUACAGGAAAGAGUGGAAUUAUUUCAGUUCUGUCAUUACCAUGACAUGGAAAUGAAGUGGAUUAAUGAGCGAAAAAUGGUUGCCAACACCACAAAUCGAGGCAAAUCCUUCAGUGCGGCUCAGAGCUUGCUACAGAAGCACAAGGAAUUACAGAUAGAAGUCAAUGCCCAUAAGCAGCAAGUCACCAAGAUUCUAGAGCAGGGAAGAGCCAUGCUGGAAGGCAGACACAUGUCCUCUCAGAGAAUCAAGGAGAAAUGUCAAGAACUGAAUGACAGCUGGCUGGAGCUGGAGAAAGCAUGUGAAGAAAGAAUUGAGCAGCUACAACAGUCUGUUGCCUUCCAUCAGUACUUAAUGAAUAUCGCAGAUCUGGAGAGUUGGGCACUAGAGAAGUUUCCCCUGGUCACCAAUAAAGACUUUGGCAAGGAUGGUGCUGCAACGACCAGACUCUUAAAGAAACAUAAGGCACUGGAACAUGAAAUUGAGAUAUAUCAGAAUUUAGUAACGGAACUGGGUGAAACUGCCCAAACUCUGUCCCAGUCAGGCUUCAUCCAGUACGACGAAGUUGAUGCACCUCAAGAACAGAUCCACUCCCAACUUCAGGAGAUGCAAGAUCUGGCUGUAGCAAGGAGGAAAAAACUGGAGGAGACUCUUGCCUUGCAUGAAUUCCUGAGAGACUGUGAAGAUCUAGAGGACUGGAUCAACCACCAGAAGCAAGUGGUCUGUUCCGAUGGCUCUGGGACUGAUUAUGAGCAUGUCUUGCAUCUUUGUGCCAAAUAUGAGACAUUCCAGCACCAGAUAAAAGUUGCUGCCCAGCGAGUUGCCGUGUGCCAUCAGCUUGCAGAGGACAUGUUGGAUCGAGGGCACUAUGAAUCCAGGGAGAUUCGGAAGAAGCAGAAACAGUUGCGGAACCAUUGGGAGGAGUUGCUAGAGAUAACCAAGUCUCAAAGCAAAAAACUACAAGAUGCAGAAGCUGUAUACAAGUGCCUGCAAGAUCUGACAGAAGCCCUUGUCCACAUUGAGGAGAAAUCAAAAACCAUCCCCGAUGACAUUGCUAGAGACCUGAGCGGUGUGCACUCACAGCUACGUAAACAUGCAACACUUGAGUAUGAAUUGUUUGGGAAUGAGCAGCAGCUACAGGAACUGAUCGAUGCUGCCGAUGGCGUGCUCUGCCGCUGCACUACAAGUCAAGCAGAGCAGAUCCAAGCCAAGCAGCAGGCGGUGGUGGAGAACUGGGAGGUCUUGAGGGCUAAAGUGCAGCAAUGCCGGGAACGGCUGGAACAAGCUUGUAGACUGCUCCACUUUCAGACACAAGUACGGGACUAUUCUUCCUGGGCUUCUGAGAUAAUGAGAGAGAUGGAGAUUGAAGAGAAAAUCCGAGAUAUAUCGACCAGUGGUCUGAAGAUUAACCAGCAUCAUCAGUUGUUGGCAGAGAUUGAGGCCCAUAAUGAGAUUUACGGACGGGUUGUACAGCUCGGUCAAGAGCUACUGUUAGAACAGAAAAUGGCCAAAACAGAAAUCCAAGAUGCACUGCAUGCCUUGGUGGAAGAAAAGGGCAAAAUAUGUCAGAAGUGGGCCCAGAAGAAGGAAUGGCUGGAGAAGGUCCAUCUUCUGCAGAUGUUUUACAAGGACUGUGAGCACUUGAAUAAUAUCUCAAAUUCCCAGGAGAUGUAUGUGAAAAGCAGUGACUUUGGGAACACAGUGGAUGAGGUGGAGCAGCAGAUAAAGAAACAUGAAGCUUUUGAGAAGCUUCUGGCCUCCCAAAAUGAAAAGGAACAGGCGGAAAAGCUUCAACUGGACAGUGAUCUGGAGAGAAAGCAGAUCCAAUAUAAACUCAGUGCCAUGUUAGAAAAAAGAAGACGCAUCAAUGAUCUCUCUCAAAGCAGGCAAGAAAAACUGCACACAGCUUUCCUAUUGGCUCUCUUCCACCAGAAUCUAGCAGAGGCAGAGACUUGGAUUGAUGACCGCAUGCAAAAGCUGGAUGAUACUUCUUUUCAAAAUCCAAGCAGCCUGAAUGACAAAAUGAAGCUUCUGCAAAAGCAUCAAGUCUUUGAGGCUGAGAUUCUGGCUCACAAAGAUCUAAUUGCAGCGGUUAACACAACAGGAGAAACACUGGUCCGCCAGAAUCAUCCCAAAGUGGGAGAGGUUUGUCGUAAGACUCAUUUGCUUCAGGAACGAUGGGCAGCACUAAGAGGAGCUGUUGCUGCACGUGGAAAGAUGCUUGAGGACAGCAGGGCCUUCUUGGAGUUUCUGCAAAAAGUGGACCAUGCAGAAGCCUGGAUCAGAGACAAGGAAGUUAUGAUUAAUGUUGGCGAUGUUGGAAAUGACUAUGAACACUGUCUGCAGCUCAUGAAAAAACUGAAUGAGUUUCGAGGAGUGUCAGGAGGGAUGACGGUGGAUGAUGCUCACAUCAAAGCUAUCAGUGCCCUUGCCGCACAAUUGGAGAGAGAGAAUAAGGAAGAGAUGAAAAUGGUGUACCAGCGCCGAAAGGAGCUCAAUGAGAGGUGGAACAGUUUCCAUGGUGAUCUAAAAACCUACAGGAGAAAAUUGGAAGGGGCUCUGGAGACCCAUACCUUGAUCAGAGAAAUUGAUGAUAUCACAGAGCGAAUCAGUGAAAAGAGUAUGUUGAUACAAACACUGGAUUAUGGAAAAGAUGUGGAAAGUGUUGAAAACUUAAUCCGGAGACAUAAAGAAAUGGAGAGAGAAAUCGGCAUCAUUCAGUCCAAGAUGGAGUCACUGGAGCUGGAUGCCUUGCCCCACUGCAGGAGGAAUCUAUCCUCCAUAAGCGACAAACUGACUACAAAACAUAAAGAAAUGAAAAACCAUUGGCUACGACUCCAAGGUCAGGUGAAGCAAAGGGGUGAGAAAUUGGCAGCCUCUUAUCAGUUGCAGAAGUUUAACUCUGAAAUAAGGGAGCUCCUGGACUGGAUUCAAGAAGUCAAAGGUCGAAUGGAAGUUGGAAGUCUUCCUAAAAGUCUGGCUGAAGCAGAAAGUGCAAUUGAGGAGCAUCAAGAAAGAAAGGCAGAGAUAGAAGCACGAGGUGAAAGGUUUGACGCACUCAACAACUAUAGUCAGAAACUUGCCAAUGCUGGUUAUCACGCAACCCCUGAGAUCCAUCAUUCCCUCGUCAGACUGCAACAGGCACUGACCGAAAUGAUUGAGACCUGGCAAGAAAAAAAUCUGAAACUGCUUCAAGCCAAGGACUUGCAGAAAUUCUUUGCUUAUGUAGAAGAGAAUGAAAGUUGGCUUGGCAGCAAAGAGGGCUUCCUAGCAAACAAAGACUUGGGGGAUUCAGUGUCCAGUGUGGAGAGUCUUCAACAAAAACACAUGCAAUUUGAAAAAGACCUGGAAAACCAACUGGAGAAGAUCGAUAUGAUGGCCUCUUUUGCCCACCAACUGAGGGACAAUCAGCAUUAUGAUUCUGAAAACAUAAUGGACAAAUGCCAAGGUGUUCUGAGGAGAAAAGAGAGACUUUUGGAAAUUGCUUUAGCUCGCAGGCGUCGGCUCGAGGAGUCAUGGCUAUUACAAAAGUUCCUCCACAAUUCCUUUGAGGUGGCUGUCUGGAUGGCUGAAAAAAACCGCAUUGCCCUGGAUGAGAGCUGGAGAGACCCAAGCAACCUUCAAUCCAAACUGCAAAAGCACCAGACUUUCCAGGCAGAGAUUAUGGCCAACAGAAGCCACCUUGAUAAUAUCAAAGCUGAAGGAGAGAAAAUGCUCCAGGCGGGACACUUUGCCCGUGGGGCGAUCCAGUCCAGAUUGCAAGAAAUGGAUGAACUUUGGGAUGAGCUGCUGGAAAACUGCCAAGAAAAGAAAAGGAAGAUGCUGGACACCUACAAGGCCUCAAGUUUCCUACAAAAUGUGGAUGAUGUGGAGAAAUGGCUGGAAGAAGUGGAAAGUGAGAUAAAAGCACCGGAAGUUAGCCAUAAUCUUCUUCUCCUGAGCAAUCUUCUAAAAAGACAAGAGGAACUGGAAGAAAGUAUUAUUGCCCACAGGGACCAGUUGCAAGGUCUUAUCAACACUGUGCAAGAGUUCCAACAAGAAAAACAUUUUCUGGCAGAUGAGAUAGAAGAGAGAGUAGACGAAGUGGUGCACAGGUACAAGAGCCUGAGGGAACCGUUGCAGGAGAGGCGUGGGUGUUUGGAGGCCAGCAGACUGCAGCACCAGUUCUUUCAGGAAGUCAAUGAGGAGCUAACCUGGAUUCGAGAGAAACUGCCCCUGGCAUCUUCCACAGAUUAUGGCCAGUCUCUCACCACUGUUCAAAGCUUACAAGAGAAGCACCAGAAUUUAGAGAAUGAGAUAAGUAGCCAUGAUGCUUUAACCCAAGCUGUGAUCAGCACUGGACAGAAGCUGGUGAAGGGAGGGCACGCUGCCUCAAGAGAUAUAAUGCAGCAGGUGAAGGAGCUGGAAGCUUCUUUUGAAACCCUGAAGGGUGACGCUCAGCAAAGAAGGAAGAGGCUCAUGCAAUCUUAUGAAGCUCAACACUUUCUCACCGAGCUUUUGGAAGUAGAAUCUUGGAUGGCGGAGAGAGGUCUUGUCCUGCAAAUUCCAGAUUAUGGGAGGAAUGAAGAAUCAACCCAAUCAUUGCUUCGAAAAGUGGAGGCUGCCAGGCUGGACCUAGAGGGAUUCAAGACUCGAAUUGAGAAGAUGCAGGAGACAGGAACCCACCUGCUGACCAACAACAACCCAGAGAGCUCUGCUCUCCUUCCAAAGCUUCAGGCUGUCCUAGAAGAAUACUCCUCUCUCCAACACAGAGUGGAGUCCCACAGAAAAACUCUGCAAGAGCAAAUGCAGCUGCAUCAGUUUGAAAGGGAAGUCCAGCUGGUGGAUUCCUGGCUUUUAAGCAAACAGGCCUUGGCUGAAUCUGAUAACUAUGGGCAAGAUUUGGAAGAUGUUGAGAUUCUGGAGAAAAAGUUUGAAGACUUUAUAAAAGAGGUGAGAUCUCUUGGUCAUGCCAAGGUUUUCCUGGUAAAUGACCUGGCAUUCCAUCUCGAGAAUGUGUGCCACAGCCAAAUCAGUGCUAUCCAGGAAAAGGCCCACCAGGUCAACGAAACAUGGGAAAGACUGAAUCAAGCCAUUCAGAUAAGAGCAGAGAAUCUCAAAGUGGCUCAUAAGGUUCACCAGUAUGAUCGUGAUGUGGAUGACCUAAAGGGAUGGAUGCAGGAGAAAGGGGCUGUUGUGGACAGAGACGAUUAUGGCUAUGACCUGCCAGGCGUUCAGACCCUCCUCAACCAGCAUGAAGGAGCUGAGAGAGAACUAUCAGCCAUCGCAAAAGAGCUGGAAAGGAUCAGAGGAGAGGCAUGGCAUCUUGGCCGUCUGUAUCCCCAGACCCGAGACAACAUGAUGAACAGACUUGCAGAAAUAGAUGAGUGUUGGGAAAAACUGGAACAUAAGUCAGCAGAGAGAAAGCAAAAACUGCAGCAGGCAAAGCAAAUCCAGAUCUAUUUCAAUGACUGCAGAGAACUAAUGGCUUGGGCCAAGGAGAUGCAUGCUGUGAUGAUAUCAGAGGAGGUGGCAAGUGAUCUUCUUGGUGCCGAGCUCCUUAUUAAACGCCAUGAGGAGCACAAGCGUGAUAUAGAAAAGCAACAGCUGAAAUAUGAACAUCUAGAACAAACUGGAAACAGCUUCACAAAGGCCGGGCACUUCAUGUCCACCGAGAUUGAAGAGAAACUCUCUGAACUAUUGGAGCUGAUGAGAAAGGUGAGGGAAUGCUGGGACCUGAAGAAAGAACUGUAUGAAGAAAAUUGGGAGAACCAGUUACUGCGAAGGGAGCUGGACUUAGCUGAGGCAUGGCUGACCGCCAAAGAGGGUUUUCUCUCAGAUCCUAGCUAUGGGCAUUCUGUCUCUGAUGUUGAGCACCUCAUGAAGAAACAUCAAGACUUUGAGAAAAUGCUGGAGGCCCAAGAAGAGAAGUUUGCACAACUGAAUAGGAAGACGAAGAAGGAACUGAAGCUACUGAAACAAAUUGGUAUUGAGGAGAACGAAGAAAGAGAAAAGGCGAAAUUGAUCAAGGUCCCCUCUUUAAGAAGGAGAUACUCAGAUAGGAGAACAGCACACACAAGACUGCUGGAUCCAAAGAAAACUCAACAAUUACCGUCUGUAUCAUCAGCUCCCACCUUGAGGGCUCCCCCAGAACGCACUAGCUACCCCACCUCAAAGCCCAAGGAGGGUUUGCAUGAGUUCAGCCUUGGAGAAGACCCAGUUUUAGCAGGUUCCAGUAGCAUUAAUGCUACUCCUCCAGGAGAAGGGCUUGGUCUACAGGACUCAGUCCUGGAAAACCAGAACACAUUUUCCUCCUCAUCCUCUAACCUAAAAGCCCAGCAAACUGACAGUGAUUUGUUGCAACUACAAGCCAAGAACUUAGAAGCACCAAACAUCAAGAACAUUAAUGAGACUUACCUCUCCAGAACAGAAGCCAGAAGAAGUAAGACUACACCUGGCAGAGAAUCAUUUGACUUUCCCCCAACUUUAGAACAAUUGGAUUUAUCUUCAGAGAGACUGGAACUUGCUUCUCAGGUUUCUGCAAUGCACGGCAGCAUGGAAGGUUUUCUAGAAAAGAGGGACCAGAUCCUUCCAGGAAGAAAACCGCCAAAUACAAGAAGUUGGAACACUUACUAUGUUAAACUUGGGAGAAAAAAGCUAGACUUCUACAGUGAUGAAAAAGAAGCAUCCCAGAAUGGAACUCCAGUCUUAUCAGCCAGCAUAGCUGGAGCCAGGUGUGGCAGGUUGACGGAGUAUUCUAGGAAAGAACAUGCCUUCAGCUUAAGGUAA